CAUUCUGGCGCCAGCAUUCACCAUGACGGGCUUCAGCCUCCGGUGGUACCUGAACGACGCGGACCAGGGCCCGGACGAGGCGGACGCCGAGACGCGCCCCUGCCGCCCCACCGUGCCCAUGUGGAAGUGGGUCCUGCGCAUCGUCUGCCUCACCCUGCAGUUGGGGCCGCUGCUCAGAUACGUGGAGGCCAUGGUGUACGGCCUCCGCAGCCGGCGCGCGCAGAAGAACGGCGACCAGCAGGCGCACAUCAAGAACUAUAUCUACAUGAUCUACAAGGACGCCGACGCCACACUGCUGCGGCUGUUCGAGUCGUUCAUGGAGUCGGCGCCACAGCUGGUGCUGCAGCUGUAUAUCCUGGCCAGCGAGCAUAACCGUUUCGAGCCCACCGAGCCCAUCUCCACGACUCUGCAGGUGGUGGCCGUGGGCACCAGCCUGUUCUCGCUGGCCUGGUCGCUGUGCAGCUACCAGCGCUCUCUGCGCUACAGCCUGCCGGCCAAGAACAACCUGUCCACGCCCGCCACGGUCGUGCUCUUCUUCUGGCACCUGUGCAGCGUCGGCUCUCGCGUGCUGGCCAUCAGUCUGUGCGCCUCCCUCUUCCCUGUGUACGUGGCCAUCGGCUUGCUGGUGCACUGGGUGCUCAUGACGUGCUGGCUGAUCUACCAGAAGACCGAGGCCUGCUACACGCGCUGUGAGGAGCUCCUCUUCGUCAUUGUGCUCGGCGCCGUCUACAUCUUCACCUUCUUCAACGUCAAGGACCAGACGACGCGGCUCAAGUACACGAUGUACUACGUGCUGUGCUUCGCCGAGAACACCGCCAUGAUCGUGCUGUGGUACCUGCACGCCGACCGGACGCUCUGGUGGUACCACCCGGGCCUGGCGGCGCAGGUGAGCCUGUUCUCGCUCGCCGUGCUGUUCAUGGUGAUGUACUACUGGCGGCUGCACCCGAGCCACGGGCCCGAGCCGUCCGGCAUCUGCGUGACGGGCCAGGUGUGCCGCGAUGCCACGCUGGCGGACCGCUUCGGUGUGCACCUGGAGGAGUGGGCGGGCAACCGCAGCCGCGACGCCACGCCCCCCGUCGAGCGGAAGGCCGGUGACCGGCCGGACGGCGAGGGGCUGCCGACGCCGAGGGGCUGCUGGCGUGACGCGCGACGCGCGCCCGCCCGGGGCCGCGAGGACGCCGAGGGGCUGCCGGCGUGA